AUGAUCAUGAUCAUGAUCAUGAUGAUGAUGAUGAUGAUGGAGAUGAUGAUGAUGAUGGAGAUGAUGAUGAUGAUGAUGAUGGAGAUGGAGAUGGAGAUGGAGAUGGAGAUGAUGCGGGCGAAAAUUGUGAUAAAUGGAGGUCAAGGAACGUUCUUUGGCGUCUUCAUAGGUAUUAUGAUCGGGUUGACAGAUUGGCAGGCAAUUGAAACGAUUUACGAGAAGCUCUCCAAGUCUGACGUUGACGACGUCAUGAAGACAACUCUUGCCAAGAUCUCAAGAGAAAUUAACGCUUCGAGUUCCCUAGGACGCGUCCUUCCGUACUCGUCCGUCAUCGGGCUGGCUAGCGGACUUUGGAUAGGACUCGUCGCCUCAUGGUCGACAUAUCAGGUGAAGGUCAACGUGUUAGAGAGUCAGUUUGAAUAA